CACCUGACCGCUCUACGUUUCCCGCCAACAUGGCAAAGAUGUCGGCGCUCGUGUCGUUUCCCGCCAAGCCCCCGCGGCAACAGCCUCGGUACGACGGCGGAGCCGGAGUUUCUGUAUGUCGGAUGUAAAGUAACAUUUCUUCCACCCGCGGCUUCUUCACGUCUGUGACAGUUUCGCGACUUGGCCUGAAAAUUACGGCGCGCAGGAUGGGGCAGUCGGACGACAGCGAGGACUCGACGUAUAGCCAGCACCAGGAUCUCUGCCAGAAGCUGAACAUGGACGCGACAGCCGCGUCCGAGGCCUGGAGAUCCUACGAAACUAUCCGGCAGAACUACACUCUGGAGGGUGAUCAGUUGCAUUGGAUAGGUUGCGCAGUGUAUGUAGCUUGUAGAAGGUCCUCUGCACCGACAGUGGGAAGAACAGGUGCUAAUGUGGAAGGGAAUUGUGUGUCGCUGACACGUCUCUUGCAAUUGUGUAAUCUUCCGCUGAUACAGUUCUUUACAAAGAGCAAAUCAUGGGCGGAUAUGGCCAAUAUGCCACAGGAUUUUCGCACCAAAAUAGAGAAGCUAGAAAAAAAUUUUUCCGUGUCUAUGGUGAUAUUUAAGAAGUAUCAACCAAUAUUCAAUGAUAUCUUCAAGGAUCCAAGAGAGGAUGUUUCUAGACCGCCUAGGUCUAGAAGGCAUAAAGCGAUACCUUGUACACCUGCUAGAGUCUUUGAAUUCUGUUGGACACUGUUUAUAUGCAUAAAAGGUGCAAUUCCUGAUAUCUUGGAUGAUCUUGUUAAUUCUUACCAUCUCUUAUUGGUCUGCUGCGAUCUUAUAUACAGCAAUGCUCUGUUAUCCAAUAGAAAAGAUUUAUUGAAUCCCAAAUUUCCUGGAUUGCCAGCAAAUUUUAACGAUGAGAACUAUACUCCUCCGCAAACAGCAGACUGCAUUGUUAGUUUGUUGUGCGAACGUCACGAAGCGAUCCCUGUUGACGCUAAAGUUAUAAAGGAGUACUGCAUGAAAAAUUAUAUCAUUAAGCUAUUUAAUGAAAAAAUCCUGCGUGGCGAUCAAUCAAACUUUUCUGGUAUAUUAGAGGCAUUGAAUUUUGAUGGCAACAGUAAAGCUGUUAACAAGGCUUAUGAACAGCGUGUUUUGAGCGUUGGAGACUUUGAUGAAAGAAUUUUCUUAGCUGAUUGGAGAAGAGUAAUUUUGAGCAGCAUAUCAAAUUCGGAUAGAUCUGGCCAAGACAUUAGUAAGAAUGACGAGUUUGCUAAAGACGUAGUCUUAAAAGGCCAUGAUGCUAGUGAAAACAUUGGUUCUCCUACACAAAUGAUUGAUGAUUUUCAUGAAAAACUACAAAUGAGCAAAUUGCAAAAGGAACAGUACGCUGGGCCUAUACAGCAUCUAGCACCUCCCACACCAUUGACUGGCCGUAAAUACCUUCGAUCAAAAGAUAUGUCUAAUAUAACACCAGUGACAACGGCAACUCAAAGCGUCAUCAAGUUGCAAGCUCUGAUAGCCGGGCAAUCUGCUCCAAGUGAUGGCUUACUACAAAUGCUGAACAAUUGUUCCCAAGAUGUUAAAUCUUCGCUUGAAGCAAAAGUUAAACAGAUUGGUGAACAAUUCUGCGCAAGUUACAAUAAUAACAAUGUAAAUGACGGUUCGACAUCCGACUUUGGAAAGAAGCGUCUUGUCAUGGGACAAACUCUGUUUUAUAAGUUACUAGAAAUGAUUUUGAACGACGAGAAGCGUAAAAAACCGAAUGAUGACAUAACUAACCUCCUUUUAAAUGAAGUUUUUAUUCAGUGCCUGUUUGCCUGCUGCCUCGAGAUAGUUAUUUAUUCGUACAAGAGCAACGACAAAAUGUUUCCAUGGAUAUUAAAGGCUUUGAAUCUAGAUGCGUACUAUUUUUAUAAGGUCAUAGAAAUUAUAGUAAGAGCCGAGGAUCAAUUGUCGCGAGACGUUGUCAAGCACUUGAAUCAGAUCGAGGAGAAGAUCCUGGAGUCUCUGGCUUGGCGGAGUGAUAGUCCUCUCUGGCAAACAAUCGAAUCUUUGUCGGACGGUGUGCCGAGCUGCGAGGAGGUUUCCUUACCUGGUACUUUAGAAAUUAUCGAUCCAAAUGCACCUGGUCAACCCGUCUUGAGACGGAUUGCUUUGGAUCGAGAUCGUACUCAUCAUGACGUUCAGCAGAGUCCGAUUUCGUCUGCUUCAGAAAGAUUUCAGUCGCCUAUCGCAGCAUCCGGUAUAGCAAAGAAACGCUUAUUCCCCGAGACCAGGAUCACCGGGCAGAGUGUCCUGAGAGUCGGGCAGAGCGUACUAUCCUCCAACCGAGGAAUGUUAUUAGACGGCCAAAGAAUCCUCCUGGUACCCGACGCGGUUUCGAGAGCCUCGGGCGCGCAAGCCUCGAGUAACAAUUCCGCGCAAGGAGCGAACAAAGACGCGGCUCGACCCAGGAGAACGGGCUCCGUGGCGCUGUUCUUCCGCAAGUUCUACAAUCUCGCGUGCGUUCGCAUGCAGGAUCUGUGCAACUCGUUGGAGAUCCCGGACACCGACAAGAAGAAGAUCUGGACGAUCUUCGAGUACUCCGUGAAGGAGCGUACCGAGCUGAUGAAGGAUCGACACCUCGAUCAGAUCUUAAUGUGUGCAAUUUAUGUGAUAUGUAAACUCGUGAAGAUGGAAAGGAACUCGUUCACCGAGAUUAUGCGCUGUUAUCGGCUCCAGCCGCAGGCGGAGUCGCAUAUUUACAGGUCCGUUCUUAUCAAGAAAAUCUCUAACGACGUGGACAUGACCACGACGAGCAGUAACAACAAUAACGAGAAGUCGGAGGAUAACGGCGCCGUGGCGGAGAAUAUCACUCCGCCGACCCCGACGAACAUGGCUGGGACGUCGCAAAACUUCGACGGAGAGGAGCGAGGCGAUUUAAUUAAGUUUUAUAAUACGGUAUACGUCCCGCAAGUCAAGGAAUACGCGAACAAAUUCGGAUCGGCGCGCGGUAACGUCAUGAAUCUCUCGUUGAGUCCUCUGCCGAAGGGAAACGCACCUGCUAACUCGCCGGUCAGACGUGUUACCGGUAGUAUUAUGACACGUACCCUGAAUCCGAAGGCUAUCAGCGCGUCACCGGCGCCGCAAUUAAGUUACUGCUUCAGUCGUAGUCCUGCCAAGGAUUUAGAAGCUAUUAAUAAGAUGAUGAUUUCUGUGGAUGCGAAAAAGGGCGUAGGAAAACGACUACUUUCUGAUGACACGGAUGUAGAAAUGACAGAGAGUACAUCUCCUAAAAAACCCGCGACUUUUGUUGCGCGAAAACUAGAAAAUAUCAUUGGAGAACGACGAACGCUAAAUCAAUAAACGGAAUAUGUGGUAAAGAAAUAAUGUCAAUUGUAACUUAGGAAGGACGAAAAGAACUUUUUGAAUCUGCUUAUUUGCAUUUGAAUUGAAUGGUUUACGGAAAGCGAAGGAUUAUAUUUGCACAACACAGAUGAGAUAUCCAUAUCUUUUAGUUGUGUAACGUAAAUGUGAAUCAGACAUCAUUUUCUUAAGUAUAGUUAUAUUCUAUUAAAUUUGGAGAGGAUACCCAAUCACAUUGUUCGCAUUAUACACAAGUGCUAUAAUGUUGUUUGUAAUUUUAUUUAGUGUAAAGUCAGAAUUCAAUUUCCAGUAUUGUUGGGGUUGACUUUUAUCUUACCUUUUUUUUUUUUUUUUUUUUUGUAAUUUAUAAUUUACUAAACCAAGCUGUCUUUCAAACCGUAAUACACUGGAAUCUGGAACACAAAGAUGUGUAAGGGAUUAUAACCAUGAAACAUUGUAUAUUGCACUUUCCGUACAUUAUAAUUCAUAAUAUUGUUCAAUUAUAAAUACAAACUUUACGGUAUUUAAAAUUUGUCUAUCUUUGUUACUUUUCGAUCAUGAUUGUUACAUAAAAUUAUCUUUAUAUAGUGAAAUUGCAUAUAUACAUC